GGACUGGACUGACUGUCUCUCUCUCUCUAAGCUGUGCUGUGCGCCUUGUGUUGGUUUGUGGAUUCCCACCUAUUUUCCCAAACACAAAGCACUAAAGAGCAAAGACAAAGACAAAGAGGGUAGCCACAAGAACAAAAAGAAAAAGAAAUACCCAUUUCACUCAUUCCAUUCUCUCUCUCACUAAUGCUCGCCGGAUUCCAUUUUCCGGCCGACUCUUUCUAAAUGCAGUCUCGGUUUCGCUGAGCUUCGACUCCAGGAGGUGUUUACGUCAGUGUGAGUAACAAGGUAGUGUCGGUGCGUGUGUAUAUAUGUGAAGGCAAAAAUGCGUGAAGCACUGUUGUGUGAAUCCCCAAGCGACGUCGUGUUGUGUGCCAAGAAGAAGAGGUCAGAGGACGAGGACGCGCCUCCGCAGCUCGUGGUUGCCGCCCCGGCGCUCUCCAUUGGCCGGAGCCGAUCUCAGGCGGGGACUCGCCGCGUCACUCCGACGACGACGACGACGACGACUAGCACGGAGGUGGCGGUGCCGAGCAUCGAGAGGUUUCUGCCGAACGGGGAUCUCUACAUCGGGAGCUUCGCCGGCUCGGUCCCGAACGGAUCCGGUAAGUAUCUGUGGACGGACGGGUGCAUGUACGAGGGGGAGUGGCGGAAGGGCAAGGCCUCCGGGAAAGGGAAAUUCUCGUGGCCGUCGGGCGCGACUUACGAGGGCGAAUUCAAGUCGGGUCGGAUGGAAGGGUACGGGACGUUUAUCGGAUCCGACGGCGACACGUACCGGGGGACGUGGUCGGCGGAUCGGAAGCACGGGAUGGGCCAGAAGCGCUACGCCAACGGCGAUUUCUACGAGGGAUCGUGGAAGAGGAACCUCCAGGACGGCCAGGGGAGGUACGUGUGGCAGAACGGCAACGAGUACGUCGGCGAGUGGAAGGCCGGAGUCAUUUCGGGUCGGGGCGUUUUGAUUUGGGCCAAUGGGAACAAGUACGACGGCCAGUGGGAAAAUGGAGUCCCCAAAGGCAACGGAAUAUUCACCUGGCCUGACGGCAGCUGCUACGUCGGUUGCUGGAACAAGGAUUUGAAGAUACAGCAGCUUAACGGCACGUUUUACCCCGCCAACGGCGGCAAGGAGCAGAACUUCGACAACAUUGGGCCUUUCGCGGCGGAGAAUUUGACGAUAACGAUGAGGAAACGGUCGUCGGUGGACGGAGCUAGAGGGAGCCUGGCGGAGAGGUCGUUUCCGAGGAUUUGUAUUUGGGAGAGCGACGGUGAGGCUGGGGAUAUUACUUGUGAUAUUAUUGAUAAUGUGGAGGCUUCUAUGUUCUACCGCAACGGCACGGCGUUCGAUCGGGACUCGUUUAUGCAGUUCAAGAGGAAUCCCUGUUGCUUUUCCGGCGAGCCCAAGAAACCUGGCCAGCCCAUUUCCAAAGGGCAUAAGAACUACGAUUUGAUGCUCAAUCUUCAAUUGGGUAUAAGGUACUCUAUUGGGAAGCAUGCUUCCAUAGUGCGGGACCUUAAAUCCAGUGAUUUCGAUCCGAAGGAGAAGUUCUGGACCAGGUUUCCGCCGGAGGGAUCCAGCAAAACGCCGCCUCAUCAAUCGUUUGAGUUCAGGUGGAAGGACUACUGUCCUAUGGUGUUCAGGCGUUUGAGGGAGUUAUUCCAAGUAGACCCUGCAGAUUAUAUGCUGGCUAUUUGUGGAAAUGAUGCUCUUAGGGAGCUUUCUUCUCCAGGGAAAAGCGGCAGCUUCUUUUACCUGACUCAGGAUGAUAGAUUCAUGAUUAAGACUGUCAAAAAAUCAGAAGUCAAGGUGCUAAUAAGGAUGCUUCCAAGUUAUUAUAGACAUAUGUCUCGGUAUGAAAAUUCUCUUGUCACUAAAUUCUACGGGGUGCAUUGUGUCAAACCUGUUGGGGGCCAGAAGACAAGGUUUAUAGUGAUGGGCAAUUUGUUCUGCUCGGAGUAUAGAAUACAUAGACGAUUUGACUUGAAAGGAUCUUCCCAUGGUAGAACAACUGAUAAGCCUGAGGGGGAGAUUGAUGAAAUUACAACCCUGAAGGACCUUGAUCUUAAUUUUGUGUUUCGACUACAAGGAAAAUGGUACCAGGAGCUUAUGAAGCAAAUUGAUCUGGAUUGUGAAUUUUUGGAAGCAGAGAGAAUCAUGGAUUAUAGUCUUUUGGUUGGUCUUCAUUUUUAUGAUGGCAAUACGUAUGACAAAAUGGCGCUGUCACCUUUUCUCUUGCGCUCUGGCCAAAAGGAUUCAUUUCAGAAUGAAAAGUUUAUGCGCGGGUGUCGGUUUCUCGAAGCUGAGCUACAAGACAUGGAUCGAGUUUUGUCUGGCCGGAAGCCACGGAUCUGCCUAGGAGCCAACAUGCCUGCAAGGGCAGAGCGGAUGGCUCGAAGGAGUGACUUCGAUCAGUACACCCCUGGUGGGUUCAGUCAUUUGACCCCUUCACGCAGCGGUGAAAUCUAUGAUGUAGUUCUUUACUUCGGGAUAAUAGACAUUUUACAAGACUAUGAUAUCAGCAAGAAGUUAGAGCAUGCAUAUAAAUCCUUGCAAGUCGACCCGACUUCAAUAUCAGCUGUGGAUCCCAAGCUUUACUCAAAGAGGUUCCGGGAUUUCAUUGGAAGAAUUUUCAUUGAAGACAGGUAGUCAACUUCAAUAUCAGCUGUGGAUCCCAAGCUUUACUCAAAGAGGUUCCGGGAUUUCAUUGGAAGAAUUCUCAUUGAAGACAGGUAGUCGCAAAAUGGCAUAUCGCAAGUGGAAACGAGUGCUGUUGCAUUAAGAAGAUUCAUUAAAUGAUCCUCUUUCCAGAAGAAGGCUCAAGACCAGCUCAGAGUGGUUGGGAUGGAGCAUGACUUGAGUGGGGUUCAGAGACUGAACCAAUGCAACUGUGGCGAAACCCCAAAGCUCGGUGGUGGUUCGUCUUCGGGGAUCCCUAUGGCUGAAUUUUGAAGACACAGCCAAGGUGUUUGGUUUUGGCAGGGGGUGGGUGCUUGUACAUUCUUCAAGGUAGAGAGGAAAGGUUUAAGUUAUGGGGUUCUGGGUUUUCUUUCUUUAAUUAAUUUAUUUCUUCCUUUAGGUGAAAUUUUUGUGGUAUCAAGGAAUGUGAAAGAUUUGAAAGAUAGGUAUAGGGAACAGAUGAAUAUGUUUCCCAGAGAGAAGAUUCAAAAAAAAUGGGGGAGGAGACUUGGAAUAACAAAAAGUGUACAGGGUUAUAGAAUAGGGUUGGAUAGCUUAUGGAAUUCAAUGGAUUUUUAUGUGAUAUUUUGAACAAGAAAAGGAAAAAGAAAUGUUUGAAUCAGCAGAGAGACCCUACAGGAAUCUCUCUCCUCCCAUCUUUCUCCCUCUCUCUUACUCUUUGCUCCUUUAAUCCAGAGGUUUGUAUAUAAAAUGGUGUUGGCAAUGUGGAGUAGAAAUGGGGUCAGUGCUUUGCUUUUUGCAGUGAAAGGGAGGCAUUGGGGCAGGAGGAGAGAGAGGUAGGUGUUUGUUUUGUUCAAGUCCUUCAAGACCCAAGAGAGAGGGUGAGAUGCAUCAAAAGCAGAGAAAGCAAGAGAAAGAUGCGCUGAUGUUUCUUGUUUUUGCCUACUUUGUGUACUGCCUUUUCCCCUUUUUAUUUACUACUGUUUCCCUCUGAAUGAAAAUGAAUGGAUUUUCAUAUCUAUGUUUU